AUGGCGGCGAGCCGUCUGUCCCCUCCUCCAGCCACAGACGAAGAAGCCCUGAAUGGCCUUAAGAAAAUUUACUUGAGCCUUCUUCCUCCAGUGCAGAUCGUCGAGAUAUGUCUCGCAUUCGAACCGCACGUCCCUUUACACGUCCGCGACACAGUGUGGCCCGCGGAUCUCGAAGCCGCUAUCCAUGCUCUCAAAAGGGUGCCAGCUAACGGCCCCAGUAUGCCACGCGCGUCCUCGACGCAGUCUGUGGAGGCUGAGCCAGUCGUCGGAACGAACGGCAGCGCAGAUGUGCCUUCACAGGAAGUGCAUCCUCCAGGGGAGCCUUCUAGGGACAGCACGGCAGAGACUGAACCAGAGGCGAGUCCACCGAUGGCUUCGUUGAACGACCCUGCGGAAUAUCGCUCUGCAUUGCAAACCGAGGCACCGCGUUCGUCUGCUGAGCAGUAUCUGAGACGACGGCUGUCGGCGUCGUUGUCUCCUGCUCCUUCACCCUUAGCGUCGAACGAUUCCGCCUCAGGUACCAACGCAAACCCGGGUACCCAACCUCAGCCUGCAAGGUACUCAGCGAAAUCACCGUCGGCCAGUAUGGUGCCGUCCACACCCCAUUCGCAUGCACAACCACCAGCCACGUACCCUUACAUGCCUUAUGGGUACGCGAUGCCCUCCCAACCGCAGCACUCCGCCUACCCGCAUGCACCGUACUACGCGCCGCCUGGCCCAUCGCACCCGCACGCAUAUCCCCCGCCGUAUCCCUACUCGCCUUACGCACCUCCGCACGGGUACCAUACGCCCACCCCGCCGCCUCCCCCGCACUACCCAGGCCCAUAUCCGCGCCCGCAUAUGCCGUCCGGACCUGCGGAUCCAUUACCGGCGGAGGACCUCCCCUCGUAUGAGGAGAUGAUAGUCGAGGCGCUGCUGGACUCGGGUGACCCCAAAGGCGCGCUGCCAAAAGAGCUGUUCGCGUGCAUGGCAGCGCGGUACCCGCUGCAGACGAACUUCCGGCCGAGCGCGAGCCAGGCGCUGCAGAAGGCGUACAGACGGGGCAGGCUCGAGAAGAGGCCCGGCGGGCGGUACCGUCUGAACGCCGCUUGGGAGGGGGGUGCGACGUCCAGGAGGACGACACGGCGCCCGCAAACACUCGCUCAGACGACGUACGCGCUGCACCAUCCCCCGCAGCCGCCCUCGUCUCCCUUCACGAGUGCGCCACUCGCGCAUCCGCCGCAAAACCCGUAUUCCCAGCCAAAUGGCUCCGCUGCACAAGGACACAUUGCUUCUUACCCCGGCUAUCCAUACGGUUACCCUCAGACGGGCUACCAUGGGUAUCCACCACCUCCCGGAUAUCCCCGGUAUCCGCCACCGCCACCCCCAGGGGAGGCAGCUGCACAGGAGAAGACAGCGUCUACUGCCGCCACGGCAUCGUCUACCUCGAAGGCCGACGAGGAGAAGGAUGAUGCGUGGGAAGCCGCGCAGCAUAUUCUGAGCGCGAUCAACUUCGGGCCGUUGGGUUCAGCAGGUGAUGGGCCAGAGGCGGGACCGUCGACUAGCGUCAACGGCCCUGGAUCCCCACCCGAGCAUUCCGCACCCGUGACAGCUGGGAUGGGAUUCGACACCACUGCAGGACCCAGCACGGCGGUGCAGCGCACGACGCUGACGGACGACGAGCGCGCAUCCCUGCAAGCCCAGCUCGCGCUGUUGGCUGCACAGCUCGCCGAGAUCGGCGACGCGGAUGAGGAGGACGAGGAGGGGGAGGAGGACAUGCAGUCUGUCUUGAUCAGCAUGGGCAAGGGUAAGGGUGUGGCGACGGACAUCAACUAUUUUCCGGAGGUGUUCCAGGACGUCCGCGGUGCUUCUGUGGGCGCAGCGGUGGCGGUGAACGGGAGUGAUGCUGGCGCCGGUGCGAGCGAGGAGGACGAGGAGGAUAGCGAUGCGGAUAUGGAGAUGGUUGAGGUGCCUCCUUUUGCUGGGCGCGAUCCAUUACGGACUUGA